AUGAGGAUCCGCUUGCAGUUGCGGCACACGCACCGUUGCCGCCAACAAACGGCGUGUGUCGUGCUCCUCGCCGCCAUUGCCCUGGCCGCGCCCGAGGGCAAGCGGGACAAACGCGGCUUCCUGCUGGGAGACUCGCACGGCUACAGCGGCCUGGGCGGCUACGGCGGCUACAGCGGCUACGGCGGGUACAGCGGCCUCGGCUACGGCGGCGGCUACGGCGGCGCCAUCAUCGAGUCAGCGCCGGCCGCCAGGAUCGUCUCCGUCAACAAGGUCGUCGAAGUGCCCAAAGUGAUCACGGUGAACAAGCUGGUGUCCGUGCCGAAGGUUGUUUCGGUGCCGCAGAUCGUGAAGGUGUCCAAGAUCGUGGCCGAGCCGUCGCACAUCUCCUCCGGCUGGUGG